CAGCAGGUCCCCUCUGAUUGGACGACGCGAAGUCCCAGCCAGCGCCUCAGCAGCUUAAAAACGAAACCCGGCCAAGCAGGAGCUAAAGCGACCCGGCCGGCCAUGCGCCUUGGCGAGGAGGUGCAGAAGGCGUGGCGGGCUGGAGAGGCCACGCGAAGGUCCAGGGACGUACAGACAGCCGGAGAGCGGGACGAGCCCGCAGGGCAGGAAGCCGCACUGAGGUAGCAGGCUCCAGAGAGCCAUGGCUGAGCUCAAGUCGUUGUCGGGGGACGCGUACCUGGCACUGAGCCACGGCUACACCGCGACCGGCCACGCCUACGCAGCGGCACGCGGACCAGAGACUACUCGGGGCUUUGGUGCCUCGGGUCCAGGUGGCGACCUCCCCGCGGCGCCUGCUUCCCGCGUCCCCGCCGCGACAGUGGAAAGCAGCGGCGAGCAGAGCGGCGACGAGGACGACGCCUUCGAGAGGCGGCGGCGGCGGCGAGGGCCCGGGGUCUCGGUGGACACACGGCGGCGGCCCCGGGAGCAGCGUUCGCUACGGCUCAGCAUCAACGCACGCGAACGGCGGCGAAUGCACGACCUGAACGACGCGCUGGACGGACUGCGCGCAGUCAUCCCCUACGCGCAUAGCCCGUCGGUGCGCAAGCUCUCCAAGAUCGCUACCCUGCUGCUGGCCAAGAACUACAUCCUCAUGCAGGCUCAGGCCCUGGAGGAGAUGCGGCGCCUGGUGGCCUACCUCAACCAAGGCCACGGCCUCGCUGCGCCUGUGGCCGCCACGCCGCUAACGCCCUUCGGCCAGGCAGCGGUCUACCCGUUCUCAGCCGGCGCGGCGCUCGGGCCCUGCCCAGACAAGUGUGCCGCCUUCUCCGGAUCGCCCUCGGCGCUUUGCAAACACUGCGGCGAGAAGCCCUGACGGCGCAGAGCCCCAGCUC